AUGGCGCUCGCCUUCGCUUCCGGAUCUCUAAAGCUGGCAAACUGGGGGUUUGGUGUUGGCGACAUUGCUGUCAUCGCUGGUGCGGGAAGAAAUGUAGGCAACUGGGUCAUGGCCCAGACCCGAGACCGCAAUUUGGUUGAGUUCUUGAGAGUCGACAUCGAUACUGUCAUCACUAGGAAAGGUUUGAUAGAUGUGGUGGAGCUACACAAGCGCUGGGAUUGCAAAAUCACGCUCUUCCGAAACGGACUCCCCAUGGCUGUGGAAAAUCCUGCUGGAAGUCAAGUACCUGUUGUUGAUAACAUGGACAAGUUCACUUGGUUCAUGACCUUGUUACUUGCAGCACUGGAUGCAGCGAUCGGGCCCUCAUACGUCCACCAAUUUGUCAUCAACCUCUUAUCGCGACUGUUCGAAAACAGCCCAGACGGCAUGGAGUAUUUGAUGCGAGAGGCACCUCAACAUAUCCAGGGUUGGAGGUCAAGCGCUUGCGUUCGUGGCAUCAUUACCAAAACCGAUCAUCUGUGGAAGCAAUUAGCCCAACAAGGCCAGCAUUGGCCGGGUUGCAUACCAUCUGCCGAAUCCGAAGAGAUCAUGCGUCUUCUGCUAUGGCUCGCAACAGAGAAAAGCACGAUUUUCACUACAGCCUCGACCGACGCUUUCUGCUUCGCGAUGAUAUUACACGAGAUUGGUAUCGAACAAGUCGCAACAGUGGAGAUGUUGACCUCCAGUAGCGAUAUCGACACCAACACCGACGAAAGCGUCAUUUGCGUGGCUUUGGACACUAGAUGGUCCUCAAUAGCAUCGAGGGGAGGCAAGACCGCUGAAGAUGCACUCACGAAAAGAAAUGGAAUGACCAUUCCGUUGGACAACAUGGAAGAAUGCAUGUCUUUGUGGCCUAAGGGAAGAGAUUUCGCGGCUCGAUUACGCACACUAUUCUUGGACGGAAUGGCUGCCGUCGAUGAAGAUGGCGUUAUGAUCAGUGCUCUUGCAAAUAUUCCAGACUGGAAUUUCAGCUAUCUCGUCUCCAAGAAUAAACCCUCGCAAAGGUCAGCAAACCGCAGAUUGGAUACACUGGCAUACCGAGUCAUCGAUGCUUUCCUUCCAGGGGUUUCUGGCAAAGUCUCGCAACACAUCCAAAAUCUACUCGGGAGUUGGGACUCAAACAAACUAGAGGAUAUGGAAAGGUACCUGACGAAAGAGACCGAUAUUCCGCAACUACACCUUCAGCUGUCGGCGCACGCCGAGCUGCAGUCUCUGCUGCUGGGUUAUUACUACGCUUUACUCCAACCAUUGGUCGAUUGUACUAGACUCAGUGUACAAGAAGUCUACGGUGCUUGGGGCUACACAAGUGGUAGAUUCCUGAUCGCCAUUGGGAGGCUGAAUCGUCCAGCGUCGAUACGUCGCCCCAUCAGUGGUUUUCCCAAUCAAGACGAUAGAGAGAUCUGUCGGCACUACCCACGAGAGGCCAUUCUCUACCUAGUCGGGUUUCUGUUCGCGGGUUUGGAGCCAAAUUCGAACACCGUCGCCAACGGAGCAACAAGUAGCACAGCGAUUGCUAGCGCAACAAGCACGAUAGGUAUCCUGUCGAAGAUCUCCGUUCUGCCGAGGGUCAUGCUGGGAUCACAGCUCGAAAGAAAACACUCGGCGCAACUAUGUCUACUGGACUGCGACACAAGUUUCAUACCAUGUAACACAUCAGGUUGUGUACAAGAAGGCCUAAAGUCGUUCUUGCUCGUGAGCGAUGUCGACGCGGAAUCAGAAAGCAACUUCAAGGGCGAAGAGCUCAUUCGCAGACUCCAUUCGGACAACGCGGUUGACUUCACACCUCACAUCGAACCGGACUGGGACAACGACGUUCAAUGCAGCAUGCUUGUGUAUCGACACCAAGGCCGCAUUGUGUAUUCACUGCCGUUCUCGAGCGUCUUAGCUGUUCUUACUCGUGAUGAGAGUCUGCAUCAAUGCCCGAUUGAAUUAGAUCAAGCCCAACGAGUGUCAGAGCCACAGACGACUCGCCACCUGCUAGAACAGUCGAAAAAUUGGGCGACUUGGGCAGACGCUGAGCUGCCAAGUCUCAUCCCACCAGCUACUAGCAUGGUGCUGGCAAGCCCCCAGGACUUUCACGGAAGCGCAUUACUGUGGAACAGAGUAUGCGAUGGAUCCGCAAUUGUAGUGGCUUCGCUCAUUGGCAUGCCAAACGCUGUAAUUUGCGUGUUGGCAAUGUACCUUCACAGGUCUCAGUAUCUCGGGCUUGAAGAUGUUGUCACAAUCGUGUCUCAUCCAGACGAGUUUGUAGAGGCGAUACAGGCCGGAAAACAGUACUUCAUCAUCUUUUGA